UUUUUUUAAAUCAAAGUACAAGGGAGUUAUACUCCAGUCUAGUAGGUGGCGGUAAUGCAACAUUUAUUGGAUGCCAACCGCCUUUAAACAUCAUCGAAGAAUAAUAAAAAGUACGGUAGCCUAACACAGCCAACAGACCCAAGUCAAAAAUUGAUGUUGCCAUUUAGCUAGCUGGAGAAGUAAAAUCGAUAAAUUAUACUCGUUUGUUUGGUAGGUAGAUUUCACUCUAAUUCAUACUUUGAUAUAACAAACAAAAAGAGACUUACACCGGUAAACGGCAAGAUGUGUUGGGAACGGGAUUGACUUGGGCACUGUCCUGUCCCCACAUGUUUCACUUAAGGAAUAUGCAGGCAGCUUUCUGUGGACCUGAUCUUGGCCCUGGUUAGUUUACCUUCUAAAUAGGUGGACUUCCAUUGUCACUUGAACUAGGCCGGGGUCUCCAUGUCCAUGUUUCGGCUCCGAGCUGUGACUGGGAGCCGCUACCUGCGCAGGUUUUUGCAUGGGGGAGCAGCGAACCGGGAUCAUGUUCUGGAGCAGCUUGGCAUCUGCUCUGGUGAAGACCAAGUGUUGGAAGUGGUCGGCAAGAACAAGGCCAAGCUGACUGUGAACCAUGUUGGCUGUGCCAUAGGCAUGCUCUGGCAUUUCCAGAAGGAGAAGCCACAGAUGCUGAGAACGGUUGAGUUUAUCAAAAGCCACCCAGAGUUCCUGACUCUCCGGGUGCUGGCUGAGAACAAAAUUGAGCUCAUGGAUGAUGUCAUGUUGGUGGACAUGCUCUACAAUGUUCUCAGGCUCAAUGUGGAACCAUCUGAUUCUCUUGCUCAGCAAUUGGUCUCAGAGGCCUGGCUCAGAUUAUACAGAUUUCCAAUGGCAUCACUGUCCAAGUUUGCUGUCUGUCUAAGUGAUCAACAUCUGCAGCACAGUCCUCCAAUGGGUCAAAUCACUGACAUUUUGAAUCAGAAACUCUCCUCAAUUGAUGAUGCCAGGAUCCUGACAACCCUGAUGGUCAGCGUGUCAUCUUUGGUGUCCCCUCAUCUGCGGGAUAAACUCAUCAAUAAGGCAGAUCAUCUCCUUGACACCAUGGAUCCCUCACAUUACAACAACCCCAGGAGGAUGGUGCAGUUCCUGCGCAACAUCAAGUAUAGUUACCGUCCCCUGCUGGAGAAGUGCAACCAUAUUCUCCUGCGCAAUGUUCCCCACCUAAAUGCAGAGAACAUAAGCAUCAUCAUGGGGCUCUACCAGUCAAUACAGUUCAACAACUGUGACUUCUGUCUGGCUGCAAAACAAAGGCUAAUGGAACUUGUGGACUCGAGUGCAGACCCUUUCUCCUUCACCAAGCUGUUUGUUGCUCUUGGGCCUAUGGCAGGGGAGGACACCAAAGAGAGGUUGGAGAGUACAGCACUGCUACUGGCAGAAGAUUUUAAUGCCCAUCAGGCCCUAGCUGUGGCAGAGACACUAGAGGAGAUUCAGUGUAGAAACCUGAAUCUGAUCCAAAAGAUUGCAUCAGUAGUCCACAAGAACCUGCAUGUCUACAAGCCCAUGGAGAUAGCCAGGAUCACACAAGCCCUGAUCCUGCUGCAUUACCAGAGUCCAGAGCUCUUCACUAAAUUAAGGAACAUUCUGGUUCAGUUCUUGCUGAACAGUGUCUACCCAUAUGAAGUGACCAUGCUGACUCGUGUUCUCUCCAUGCUGCCUUCACCUCGACUCGACGAAGGCGUCGUUUCACGGGUGGAGGCAGUGCUGCCCCAGUGUAAUCUGAAUGACCUGAACACCUUUGCAAUGGCCGUCGCUAAGUGGGUGCGAAAUGACCCGUCCUACCGACACAGCACGCCCAGCAAGUAUGUGCGUCUGCUACAGACAUUGAACCGCUGCGGGCAUGAGCGCCUGCGCAAGGCUGAUCGCCUGGACUUGAUGUUGGAGGAGCUCAAGUACAUGUCAGGGGAAUGGUUUGAGGAGAUGCUGCUGGAGGAGACCAUGGUUACACUCCAGAGGUUGGAGGACCAGAUAUCCUGGACCAAUGUGCCUGAGAUGGCCCUUUUCCUGACCAGGACUAAUCACCUCUGUACUCCAUUAAUGGACCGCAUCGCUAGCGUGGCCAUGGAGAAUAUCAACAAGAUCCACUACUCAGCGACUUAUGCCACCUUGUUGCCCUUCGCCGUACUGAAUUAUGAUCCACCAGGGGUGGACGAGCUGUUUGACAUCUGCAUUCAGCGCGUCAUACCUCACAUCAGUUCCUUUGACCCCCAUCUGCUUGUACUUCUCGCGUAUGCCCUGGCUGUGGCUGACUGCUUCCCGGAGGACCUGGUUCGAGAAAUCUUCAAUGUGAAUUUCCUUGCCAAGCUGGAUUCCCAGUUAGAAACCCUGCCUGACGCCCUCAACAAGCGGAUCCGCCUGCGUCUCAUGGAGCUAAAUCGGGCUGUGUGUCUGGAGUGUCCAGAGUCCCAGGUUCCCUGGUUCCACGAGCGUUACUGCCUCCAGUUACAGAAGAAAAGGAAUGGUUCCAUCAGUCCUGUCCAACAACAAAUCCACAAAAUGCUUGGGGAAGUUCUUGGAGGGAUUAAUUGUGCCAGAGUGGCAUUGCUCACUACUUAUUUCUACACAGUAGACUUUGAAUGUGUUCUGGACAGACACCACCAGGCGGUGGCCUACAGUGAGCAGAGCCAGCUGCAGAUAUCUGAAGAUGGGAAGGUCCGCUGGGGUUCUGACUCUGUCGGGAAGGAUCGGAGUGAGGUCCCUCCAGGGGCACAACGUGUUGCUGUGGACUUCUUGGAUUCCAAAUCAUUCUGCAAAAACUCUCGUCACAUGAAAGGGGAAGCCAUGAUGAGAAAGAGACAUCUGGAGAUUCUGGGAUAUCAUGUUGUCCAGAUCCCUCAUUUUGAAUGGAACUCUAUGGAGCUCUCCACACAGGAUGCAUGGAAGGAAUACCUUCGGAAGAAGAUAUUUACCGGGCUUCCCUGAAGCACCUAGAUGUUGAAUGAAGGACACGUGUUAUAUUGCUUUUGCUACUGAACUGUGAGAGGAAAAAGUCUGCCUUUUAGAAAUGUAUAUUUGCAGGCAGGUCAUUGACUAUUAUUUUUAAGCAUCAGAUGUUUAUCAAGUGCUCCUUAUUGCCAACUCCAAAUCCUAAAGUGGACAUGGAGCUACCUCACAUUUUUUUUCUUGGCAGGAGGUAUCAGGCUUUUUAUAUGAACUGUAUCAUUUGUCAAAUAAUAAUAAUUGUUUGUAAUAAUAAAUUUUAAAAAUUAAAAGCUUUGUUUUGGUGGUUUUGA